AUGAAUACAGACAAUAACAAUACGUUUACCUACAACUACGACCUCCUUAUCUCAACAACCAUGAAGCUCACCGCCCUCCUCACCGUCCUCUGCGCGUCCACCACGCUCGCCGCCACGAACUACGUCCUCCAAGUCGACGGCAGCAUCAAAGCCUUCGACGUCGUGGGAGGCGACCUACAAGCUCGUCAGCAGUUCGAGAGCUGCUGCGCGACCAAAUUUGUGCCGCCGUGCGGCUGUGGUACCGACUGUCCUAGCUGCGGUGUAAGUACCCUACCUACUCUAGAGAAGAAGAAGAAGGACAUUGCUAACAGUGCCGUGUAG